AUGGCGAAAAGCAAGCUCAAGGCCGCGCUCGACAACUAUCAAGGCCGAAAUAUUAAGCUUGAGAAGCAGCGCAAGCACGAGAAGCAGGCGCACAAGCAGAAGGAACAGCGCGAAGCUAAGAAGGUCGAGGAGAAUGACGAGCAGGACGCUGAGGAGGGCGGCGUGCCUGUGCCUUUGGACGAGGUAGAGGUCAAGGUUAAUGGCAAGAUAAAGAAGUCGAAGAAGGACAAGAAGGCUGAAGUAAAGCCCUCAAAGUCCGCGCCGGCAGUCAAGGAGCCUGAUUGGGAGACGGACGAGGAAGAUGACGAUGAUGCAAGCGAUGAAGAUGAUGCGCCCGAGCGACCGGCGAUCGACCUUUCUCAUCUCGACGACAGCGAGAGCGACAUCAGCUCCGACGAAGAAGAGUUGCAGGCUGAGGACGCUGCUGAGGACGCUGCGAAGGAGGACGAAGAUGACGACGAAGAUGACGAGGAGGAUGAGGAUGAGGAUGAUAUUGCGCUGUCCGAUCUUGAUUCCGUCGCGUCGGAGGACAAGGGUGACAUUAUUCCUCACCAGCGCCUCACCAUCAACAACACCGCCGCCCUCACCGCUGCUCUGAACCGUAUCCAACUCCCUUACUCCAAACUCGCUUUCUCCGAGUACCAAUCCGUAACCACCGAUGAGCCUGUCGAGAUCGCCGACGUCGAAGACGACCUCAACCGUGAGCUCGCGUUCUACAAGCAAUGUUUGUCAGGUGUCAAGGACGCGCGGAAGAAGUUGAAGAAGGAGGGCGUAUCAUUCUCCCGACCAGCAGACUACUUUGCGGAGAUGGUCAAGAGCGACGAGCACAUGGGCAAGAUUAAGCAGAAGCUGAUCGAUGCUGCGGCAGGCAAGAAGGCCGCUGCUGAGGCACGUAAGCAAAGAGACUUGAAGAAGUUCGGCAAGCAGGUCCAGGUCGCGAAGCUGCAGGAGCGCGCCAAGGAGAAGAAGGACACAAUUGAGAAGAUUCAGACCCUCAAGAGGAAGCGACAAGGAGCCGACAUCACAGCUACAAACGAGGAAGACCUCUUCGACGUCGCUGCCACUGCUGAGGACUCCAAGUCCGACCGACGCGGUCGCGGUUCUGAUGGCAAAGCCUUCAACAACAAGCGUCAGAAGAAGGACUCAAAGUAUGGUUUCGGUGGCAAGAAGCGUCAUGCCAAGAGCAACGACGCGCAAUCCAGCGCAGACGGACGAGACUUCUCAGCUCGUAGGAUGAAGGGAAAGCCCAGCGGCGGUGCGAGUAAACGACCUGGCAAGGACAAGAGGGCGAAGAGACAUUAA